GAGAAGGAAAAGAGUCUCUGAUCCGUAACCCACAGUAGAUGGCGGUAAUGCUGUAUUAUAGAAUGCGAGCCGCCAAUAAGAAGAAGAAGAAGAAGAAGAAGAAGAAGAAUGGAGGCCAGGAUGUGAUGGUGAGGGAAGAUGGCGGAAGGUAGGGAAGCCAACCUGAAUCUGGACACUCAGCGCAAGGAGAUCGCGACGCUGCUGAAGACGGCGCUGCGCGAAGGCGACAAAUGGUACUUGGUGGACAUUCAUUGGUUCAAGCAGUGGAAGAAAUAUGUUGGUUUUGACAGCGGGGACACAUGUAAUAUCGGUGAGGUCUACCCUGGACCGGUGGAUAACUCCAGCAUUCUGCAAGAUGGAGAUGCUUUCAACAUUAAGGAGCACCUUAUAGAUGAGCUGGACUAUAUUCUGAUGCCCACAGAUGGCUGGAGUAAGUUAGUUUGCUGGUAUGGCUUGACAGAGGGACAGGAGCCAAUUGCUCGAAAGGUGGUGGAACAGGGUAUGUUUAUGAAACACUGUAAGGUGGAAGUCUAUCUCACCAAACUAAAUCUACGUGAAGACGGCAAUAUGGACAAUAUUGUUACCAGAAGGUUCAGCAAAGCAGACACAAUAGACAACAUUGAACGGGAGAUGCGUAAAUUAUUCCGUAUUCCAGACGACAGAGAAACCAAGUUGUGGAGCCAAUAUAUGAGCAACACGAUUGAGCCUUUGAACAAACCGGAUUGCACUGUUCAGAAUGCUGGACUCUUUGAGGGACAGGUUCUAGUUAUAAAACAGAUGAAUAAAAACAAGAUGUGUCCUCCGAGUCCUUCCACAUUCAAUAAAAUGGCAGAAACCAGUAUUUUAGUGGCAAAGGAGCAGUUCUGCUGUCCAGUGUGUCUGGACCUAUUGAAGAAUCCAGUGACCAUUCCCUGUGGACAUAAUUACUGUAUGAGCUGCAUUACAUCCUGCUGGGAUCAGAAGAGAGUCUUCAGCUGCCCUCAGUGCAGAUGCACCUUCACUCAAAGACUUGCUUUAAGCAAAAACACCAUUGUUGCUGAAAUGGUAGAUAAACUGAAGACAAAACUGCUGACUGCAGUUCCUGCUCACAGUUACGCUGGAGCUGGAGAAGUGGAAUGUGACAUCUGCACAGGAAGAAAAUACAAAGCAUCUAAGUCAUGUCUGACGUGCCUUGAAUCUUACUGUCAAGCUCAUUUUGAGCAUCAUGAGGAAUUUCACUCAGGAAAGCCACACAAUGUGAUUGAUGCCACUGGACGACUUCAGGAGAUGUUUUGCCCAAAACAUGAUAAACAGUUAGACCUCUACUGUUGUACUGACCAGCAGUGCAUUUGUUAUCUGUGUAUGGUGGAUGAACAUAAAAACCAUGCCAUUGUAUCAGCUGCAUCACAGAGGACAGAGAAACAGAAACAGUUAAAGGAAACGCAGAAAACAUUCAAGCUGAGAAUCCAGAAUAGAGAUAAAGAAGUUCAGGGGCUGAAAGAGGCUCUGAAGUCAUAUAAGGACUCGGCACAGAAAGCAGUGGAGGACAGUGAGAAGAUCUUUACUGAUCUGAUACGCUCCAUUGAGAGAAGCCGCUGUGAGGUGACACAGCUGAUCAGAGAUCAGGAAAAGGCUGCAGUUUGUCAAACUGAAGGACUCUUGAAGCAGCUGGAGCAGGAGAUUGCUGAUCUCCGAAGGAGAGAUACUGAGCUAGAGCAGCUGUCACACACAGAUGAUAACAUCCAUUUCCUCCAGACUUUGCAUUCUGUUGAUGUAACUGAAUAUACAGAUGUACCCAGCAUUGCUGUCAAUUCUCGGCUCUCUUUUGAGGAUGUGGGAAAAUCCGUCUCUCUGCUAAGAGACAAACUUGUGUAUUUCUGCAAAGAGAUACAAAAGAUAUCUGAUACAGUGACAUGCUGCCAGAACAUUCCCAACCAUGAACCCAUGACUUGAUAGGAGUUCUUGUAAUGUAAGUGUUGCUAAUAAAACAGACAGAGCACAUUAUCUUUUCCAGCAUUUUCAAAAGCAAAGUCAAACUUCACGUGACUUUUCCUGUCAUGUUGUAUAGUAAAUCAAAGGUGUCAAAUUUGUUAUGCAGGAUUUCCAUUAGAGUUCAUUUUCAGAUAGGAUGGACUCAAAUGCAGAAUGAAUGCAUUGAGGUGAAGAUUUAUUAAAGUGAAGAAUGUGGCCUAAAUCUGUUUUAGUUUUUUUUCACUCACAUUUUACACUUCUGUUCAUUGUAUAGCAAUGCAAACAGCCACAAGCGCACAAAUCUGACAUUUUCAAAUUUGACUAUUGUCACUUUCAUAUAAUCGCUGUCUGAUGAAAGGCACGUAUCUUGAAAAAUUCAUUUUUUUCAUUAAUUUUGAAGCACACAGCACCUGCAGAGUUUGAAUCGAUUAAUUAUUCAUUUAAAGGUGUUGUAACCUUUUUUUUUUUUCAUUGAAAGUGAAGCAAAAUAUUUGACUACUCCCUGAAAGUUGAGGGCGCUAUUUUGCUGCUCUGGUUUUUAACCACAGUUCCUGCUCGUGACGGUGUCAAAAAAGCUAAUUUGGUAUUUUUGGGGUGCAGGUUUUUGGGAAAAGUGGGCCUGGCUAAUCCAAUGGCUCAUCUUGUCGAAAAUCUAGAAUUGAUAAAAUCGCUUACAGCACCUUUAAACAUACAUUUUUGUCCCAAAUACAGGAUGUCCAUUCCGUGGUUUGCAGCUAAUGCCAUUUUUAUAACUGUAUUCCAUGAUUCCCAUCCAUGUUUUCCACAUCACUGAAAUCAUCGGGUCUUACAUGUGGUAACCGCUGUAUAUGUGAACUUCGAUUGUUGCAUUAUUAAAAAUGAAUUCACAUCCUGAUGUGUAAAGGCCGCAUCACCACGCUAUGACUGUAGAGUGUGAAUUCAUUUAAAAAAAAAUCUGCGAUCUGACCAUUGUCAUUCUCAAGUUUACAACUCCAAUGUUUUUAUAGUUAACAUUACAGUAAUAUAGAACAAACAAAUCCGAAUUUGCAUUAUGUCAAUACUUAAACUAUUUCCUCGGAGCAAAGCAGAGAUGACCGCAGAUGAGCAGAGAAUGUACAGUAUGUGAUAGGGCUUUGUUCAUAACAGUCAACCGUUGAUGUGGUUUCACAAAAUGCUGCCGCUGGAAGUGAUGAAACUAUAAAAUUGUAUUUGGCACCUAUUCCGAGUCCCGAUCGUUACCAUGUUUUUGUGCAUGUAAAAAAAACUUGUUAGCGACACAGUUUAUUAUAUUAAUAUUUUCCAGGACAUUUAGGUGUUUUAUAUGCCAUGUAUGACUUUUCCAUGACUGGAUAACUGCAUUGCAAAAUUCCAGGUUUUCCAGGGCAUGUGGGAACCCUGUCUUUGCUAGAAAAUCUUUAGAGAAAUACAAAUGUCCCGAUUUGUGUCACGUUUAGCUGCUGUGUGAACAUAGCCACAGAAAACUCAACCAGGUGUACAACCAGGCUCCGGGCAAAUAAUUUUUUAUUCUCUGAUUUUCUGAUUAUGUCUUUUAUUUCCUUCAGAUUCCUGUCAGCCCACACUGUUCUCAUCAGACAGAGGUUUUUAUUCACUGUGUUCAGAUCCAGAGUAAUUACUGCCACUGAAAAAGUCCAGACAUUUUGUGUGUGGAUGCUGUUACUGGGAGUUGGAGUGGAGCGGUCGUGCUGUGUUUAUAUCGGUGUCAUAUGAGACCAUCAGCAGGAAGAGAUCUGGUUCUGAGUGUUUGUUUGGAUAUAAUGGAUGUACUUGGGUUUGUUCUGCUAUUUCUCCAGUUACACAAUCAGACACAAUAAAAAAAAAAGAUAUAAACUCCCAGUCAUGUGCAUCACCAGUAGAAUUGGAGUGUAUGUGGACCAAAGUGCCGGAACUUAAGCCUGAAGUAAGCUUUAUCCACAAAGUCCACACCACAUUCUCUUAACCGCUGUAUCUUAGUUUAGAGUUUGUAAUUAUGGAUCAACAGUGAAAAUGUGUGGCAUAACAAAUUAGAUGAUGCUGAUAUUCUACCAAUAAUUUCCUCAUGUUACAGUGUAUAUGUGUGUGUGUGUAUAUAUAUAUAUAUAUAUAUAUAUAUAUAUAUAUAUACACUCACAGUUGAAGUCACAUAGGUUAGUUGUGACCAACAAUUUUUCCACUCUUGGUAAAUAUGGGCAAUGAAGGCUGUGAAACAUAUGCCUUUAUUGUUUAUCCUUUUGAUCUUUCAUUCGGAAUAUUCACUACAAAAAAUCUCAUAAUUAAAUAUUUUAAUAUUUUUUCCAAGAUAUGUUUGCCACAAUUAGUAGAACCCCUAGAAAUUCUUAUGAGUAAAACAUAUCUGAAGUAUAUUCUCAUUUUAAAUUUUGUAGUACACCUGUGUGACUAGGAAUAUGAAGUUGUUCAGCCAUGACUUCAUCACAGGGGUAUAAAUAUGAGGUAGCACACAAGCCAAGUUCCCUUAAUCAUCCAUCACAAGGGGUAAGACCAAAGAACAAAUUUAUGAUGUGCGGCAAAAGGUGGUUGUUCUUCACAAAAUGGGAAGUGGCAUUAAGAAAAUGGCUUUAGCAUUGAAAAUACCCAUUUCCACCAUCAGGGCAAUAAUUAAGAAGCUCUAAUCAUGACUCCAGCCGGGUCUCCUAAGCAACCAAAUUGUCCCGGUUACUAGGGAGUGUAGAGUCACACGGGGUAACCUCCUUGUGAUCUAUAAUGUGGUUUGCUCUCGGUGGGGCGCUUGGUAAGUUGUGCAUGGAUGCCGCGGUGGAUGCCGUGAAGCCUCCACACGUGCAUAAAUGUAUGACAAAAAUAUUUUUUUUGAUAAAACGUGUUGUUUGCAAUUGUUUGAUAUCCAUUAGAUAUCCUUUGCUCAUGUUUACCAAGAGUGCCAAUAUUUUUGGCAACAACUGUAUAUAUAGAACUAUAUUUCUUUAUGUAUGUCAGUGGUUACAGCCACAAGUGCUUAAAUAAGUCAGUAACCGGGAGAUGUUACAUUUACACAUUUUGCAGACUGUUAUCCAUGAGCAGGGCUGGACUGGGAAGAGAAAUCGGCCCAGGAAUUGAUAUAGUAACUGGCCCAAAAGUUGAGCGCUGUCCUUUAAAUCAAACAUAUAUUCUCACAACAAACACAUGGGAUUUUUGCCUCUAAUGGGACAAUAAAGUAUAUUCAUAGAAUUUGCCAUUUGUUCUAUGUUAACUUUGUACUGUAUAUUCAAUUUAAUGUCGAUUAAAGUGUCUCCAUGUGAUUAUUAUUUAGGUGUAAUUGUUUUGCUGAAAUGGCACAGCCCCUUAAGUGUUACAGUACUAGGUUUAGCAUUUUGGUUUGGCCUUCCAUAAAACAGCAAACAAAAUUUGAUCGUUCUCGUUAUGACUUAUUAUAGUAUUUUUAUCAAAUUAAAAAUAAAACAAUUAUUUUUCAACAUACCAUUGCAUUAUUUUAAUCAGAAGAAGUGUUCGUAUCCUCACAACACAAUCCAAAACAAAAUAUUAGAGAUUUAUUUUAGUCAAAUACAGUGCUGCACAGCAGACCAUCACAGUAUUAAAACUUUAAUUCAAUACAACAGCAUUCUUGCUUUGGAGAAAUUGCUUAAAUAUAAUGUCAUUAUUAUUUAUUAGUGGUGCUUGCAAAGCACUAUUAUAAUCUCACAUACUUAUUAUUAUUCUUCCGGACACUUUUUCGGCACCUAACUCGUCCUGCAGUGUUUGGCGUAGACCCACAAAUGAGGUAUCAAAACAACCAACCUAUUGAGGACACCUGUGUUAUGACUUUUCUAAGGGAUGUAUGGUGCACCUCUGGGGUCUCAAAAAGUCCCAUAGGGUACUAUGGGAAGGGAUUUUUUUUCCUACUAUGACAAGUCAAUGCAAGAAAUGGCGUAGCCACGCCCUAGCAACCAUUUACAGCACCCUAGCAACCACCCCCAUAGACUUCCAUUAAAAAUGGCUCAGAAGGAUAUCUUCAGAACAGAAUAUUGUAGACACUUGGGGAUUGACUCUUUUGAGAUAGGUUAUUAAUCAGCCAAUAAGAAUCACUCUAGUUACUGGAUAGCCAUGCCCUAGCAACCAGCUCUAUUGACUUCCAUUAAAAAUGGCUCUGAAGGAUAUCUUCAGAACAGAAUGUCAUAGACACUUGGGGAUUGACUCUUUUGAAAUAGGUUAUUAAUCAGCCAAUAAGAUUCACUCUGGUUACUGGCUAGCCACGCCCUAGCAACCAUUGGUUUGACUUCCAUUAAAAAUGGCUGAGAGGGAUAUCUUUGGAUCAGAAUGUCCUAGAGACAUGAUAUCUUGUUUUAAUUGGGUGAGCAAUCAGUCUUCAAGUAUCCACUUGGAAACUACUUUGCCAUGCCCUAGCAACCAUUUAAAGCACCCUAGCAAUGUAAUCCCAUUGACUUCCAUUUAAAAAUGUUGUGGUGUAGAGAUAUGGGCUUUGCAAUACGGUUGCUAGGGUAAGCACAUGUGGAUGCUAGGCAGUUGCUAGGGUGAUACUAAAAAGGUUGCUUGCCUUGACACUUGAAGACUGAUUGCUCACCCAAGUAAAACAAUCAGCUUUCAAGUAUCAUCAUGGAAACUACUUAGCCAUACCCUAGCAACCAAACCCCAUUGACUUCUAUUCAUAAUUGCUUAGAUGGUAUCUCAGGAUCGAAAUGUCGUAGAGACUUAAAUAUUGGCUUGUAUGACAGCAAGUAGCCUUUUUAAUAUCACCCUGGUAACUGUCUAGCAACCAGAUGGGGUUACCCUAGCAACCAAGUAAGAAAACAUCUCUCUGCACCAGAACAUCGUAGAGACUUCCGGGUUGGCUCAUUUGACUCAGUCUGACAAGGAGCCUUUUGAGUGUCACCCUGGUAACUGCCUAGCAACCAGAUGGGGUUACCCUAGCAACCAAGUAACAACACCAAUAUCUCUGCACCAGAACAUCCUACUGUCAUGGGUGUGGCCUCUUUCAACAUAGGGCAGUUGGACGGACAUCGUGGUGACACAUUUUGCCAAAUUGUACCUAUCUAGUUAUUAUUAUUGUACUACACCGUAAUAGUAUUUUUCGGUUGCAUCUAGUUAAAUUGAGCUUUUAGUUUGAUGGAAAGCUAGAUAUUUAUGACAACAGCUUUAUACCUCUGAAUAAGCAGUUUGCUAUGUGGCUUGAAUGUGCUUAUUAAACCGUAAAAGGCAAAUGCGUGGACCUCAUUAUUUCACAUA